GCAUUUCAAGCAUCCGUCCGAGACCGAGACCAGUCUUGUAGCGUCUUUCGGGCACGACGCCAAUGUGUCUCUAUUUCCUCUGCGGGACGACCCCAAAGCACACUUGGUACUUGGGAGAAGUGGGUAUACCAUACAGGAGUAGGUGUGAUGCUGGGACUGGGAGUGGAGCAGUGCGAUUAUGAAGAGUCAGGAGCUACACGUUUGCAGCAAAGCAUAAACAACGAUUCACACUGCAGUGAGCUCCGCGCGAUGUGAACGGAUAGUGAUUUGUGCCGAAUUCCGGUGGGUUGAGGUGUAAUCGUUGAAGCAGACUCGGCGAAACGGAUGCUGUGUAUCCAGGAAGAGGAAGUGCGAUUAACAAAACGUCAACACAGUGUGUACAGUGCGGUGAGCCUCUGGGGCAGAGUAAGAGAAAAAUCAAUCGUAGGGCGUUGUAUCGCCAGGAAGUGAAGCUUAUGAUUGGAGGUUAUCAGAUGCUGUGGAUAAAUUAUGACGGUGAGAUAGAAUCAGUGAUGUGAUGCAAUAUACUAUAUUCCCAUGAAUUUUGAUGCUCAUGCCUAAACAGCAAAUUGAUUUGUGUGGGAUUCUCACGGCCACCACGGGGGGAUGCCACGGGUGAGAUGAGAGUGAGAGAAUCAUGCCCUGCAGGAGGAGGAAAAUUCGUCCCUCGUGUUCAACAUCUUGAUUGCGAUGAUGGUGGGGAAACCGAAACCUUAAGCCUUCACUACUACUCGAAGGAAAAUCGAAUAAGUCACGGUUGAAAAAACUAAUGACAUAUAAGUGCCCUCCUUCAAGACAUCGGAUCCUGUGCUGGAGCUGGAGAACCACGGCGCCAGAAGAAGAAGCUUAGCAUCUUGUCGGUGAAAGAUAUUGAUUGCCCCUUUCCAGCUGAGACGGUCGCUCUUCAGCAGUGUGAAUAUCCCUAGACGGUGUGCGGUGUGUGGUUCGGUGUUAUAGAUGUGUCUUUCUCUAUGUUGGCUCCUAUUGGUGAUAUCAAUAAGAUAAAAUCGUGAAAAAUCGCAUCACGCCAACGAAGGCGCUCGACUACGUCAGCGAAAAACGACGAAGAAGACGACAGAGUAUCCUGUGUGACGAAGUGAGAUUAGUUACCAUCCAAGUGGAAAGUUCAACAAAAGUGUAGGAUUACAGCGCAUUAGUAACGGAUUAUAUCCCAAACGAAAAUCAAACAAUCUGUUAUAGGAUUACCGAGCAGCGCGAUUGAUGGCCAACUGAUUGGACGUUUUGAAAACGACGCAUUUUAUAACAAAGGACGCAUUACUGGAUUGACACAUCAGAACGCCCAGGAACCAUCAAUGCCCACGGCGAAGCACGCUUGGACGACGACUACGCCGGUAGUGAUCAGGAAAUGCUCCGGACCCAGCACGACGUCCUCGUGAGCAACACCAUCAGAAGCACCUUGGAUUUGCAUUUUCUUCUGCUGCCACCGGCAUCGUUAUCAUCAACGGGCACGGCAGGAGUUGCUCGUUAUCGCAGCGAUAAAAAAGCCCCUUCAGCUUGACAUCUGUAGACCAGGACAAUUGCACUGCGCGGGCGAACUCGGGAUGGAUACGCUCUGGACGGGAGCGCAAUAAGGGCGGGGAUAUGCUGCCGAGUCAAAGAUUAUGACUUUUGCCGAGAGAUGAUGUUCAUCCGACUCGCGUGACUCGGUUGAUGAAGAUUUGCUGCCGCGCCAACAGAACAAUCCGGAAGUGUUGGACUCGGCACAGACCAAAAUAAAAAAAGGGAACCAAGAGUGCAACCGUUGAAAAUUAAGUGCAGAUAGUUGUCAUCUGGUCCCGGUGGCAGCGAAAACGACGGUGACUCCGGCAAUUGCGGUACGUGGUUGGUCGUUCGUGUCUACGUGGAAUGAAAAUGAAAGACAAAUAAGCCCGGCACCUCCGGACAGCUCGUGGGGGGAUGUAUGACCGAGGAAAACCAGAAACCGGACGAGGGGAAAUUAAAAAGCUGGUUUCUCUGGUGACAUCGGGUUUCUGCCAGAUGUGAAGUGUCGACUGGCAGCGAAAUUUAUACAUUAGUGUUUUAUUUUUCGAGCCGUGGGUUGGAAGAAGCAUCCGGCCCCACCAUGAAAACCGGGAGCACGGAAGUCUCUUGCAUGACUGACGACGCUCAUGCAAUGGAAGGAAAAUAGCGAAGCACACAAAAAACGUCAGAUUUGCUCUGCUCAGUGAAGACAGACAGUGAAUUGAAAGCGACAGCAGCGAAAAAGUGAAAAGUGCAGAAAAAAUCACAAUUUCCUCGCCGCCAGAGUGAAUUGGAAUGGAAGAGAAACUUUGUUAUUAGCGAGGCAGAGUACAAAAAAUUAAUUCAAAUUUUCCUUACCAGAAAUUCCAAUUUUCCGUCGGUUUCCGCAAACCACGACAAGGAGUGACAAAAAGUGAAUCGAUUUCGCAUCCACGGUGUAAACUGUUAUUCAAUCACGGCAAAACGAGCGCGACACUGAAGGCGAAGUAAAUCAUUAGAAUUGAGAGUGAAAGAUGAGAAACCCAAUUAGUGACUUGUUAACAAACCUCAGGAAGAAAAGUUGAAAAAAGCGGUAUACUCAGUCGGCGAAAAGUAUAGCAGCAACGCAAGGAAAAAAUGUGGCUUAAUCUGGUGAUUUUGGGUUCGCUGUUAAACAUGCUACGUGAGGUGUACGGUUGUCCAACCGAAGUCUGCGUGUGCAAGUGGAAAGGCGGUAAGCAGACGGUCGAGUGCGGUGGACAGCAGCUUACCCGGAUACCGGAGGAAAUGGAUCCUGGAACGCAGGUGUUGAACUUCUCUGGAAAUGCAUUGACGGUGCUUCAAAAUGAACGCUUCAAAAAGUUGGAUUUGAUAAAUCUGCAGAAAAUCUACUUGGCCCGAAACCAGCUCAUGCGGAUACACGAAAAGGCUUUCAAAGGGCUGACUAACCUGGUAGAGCUAGACUUGUCGGAGAAUGCGUUGACGGCAGUACCGACGGAAACCUUCUCUGAUUAUCCAGCCUUGAUGCGGUUGUCACUCAGUGGGAACCCUAUCCGAACGUUACAAACGAAUGCCUUCAAGCAUCUAUCUUAUCUAACCACAUUAGAGCUGAGCAAUUGUCAAAUCGAUCUAAUAGAGGACGAAGCCUUCAUCGGUAUGGAUAAUCUGGAGUGGCUUCGGUUGGACGGUAACCGGAUAACAACCAUCCAAGGUAAUCAUAUCCUUCCGGAGAAUCUGCAUGGCAUCAACCUGCAGGCCAAUCGAUGGCAGUGUGACUGUCGUCUGCUGGAUAUCCACACCUGGUUGAACAGCUUCAACGUUCCACAACGUCAGGAGGAGCCCAAGUGCUCCGGCCCAUUGCGCCUGGCAGGUCAGAUUAUCAAAACGGUUCAACAAGAAGAUCUAGCUUGUUUGCCUGUAAUCACACCAGACUCACUGUAUCGUGAGAUAUCCGAAGGGCGAAACAUGAGUCUGACGUGCAAAAUAUCCGGAAUUCCUGAACCAUCUGUGUCCUGGUGGUUUCAGGGUCAACUGUUGCAGAAUGAUAGCCUUUUGGCCAACAACCUACAUCUCUAUCAUUACAAUGAAGACUCCAACGAGGAGAAACGCAGCGAGUUGCUCAUAUACAACAUCAGCCCAGAAGACAAUGGGACGUUCUCCUGCAUAGCGGAAAACUCCGCUGGACGAGUACAAGCCAACUACACCUUACAUGUCAUAGUCAAAGAAGAGCCUGUAGUCGAGGAGGUUUCCUUUUCCCAGGAGCACUUUUUGAUAAUAGUUGGCGCCAGUGCGGCUGCCGGGUUUCUGCUCUUUCUAACACUUUGUAUCAUCAUCUGUAAAUGUAGUAGUAAACGUAGCAGCAAGCGUACCUCGAACAUGAAAUCUCGUGGAAAACCAGGGUCAGAUGCGAUGUCCAACAAUCAAAAAUGCUCAUCAAUCACCAACGACAUCGGCGAAUCGUUGACCUGUGCGAAAAUCAACGGCACGGUAGCAAUCAGUGAGAGUAACCCACAGGACGUAGUUUUAUAUCUGAAUACCGGCGGAAACCUGGAGAAGGCAGGUUUAGGAAACCUUCAAAUAGGUGGACAAGCUCAAUUCUGUAGUCCACCGUCGGCUCGAAGCUAUCAAGAUCAGAAUCCAGAUCUCAUCAACGAUGCAGAGAGCGGGAAUAAAAUCAGAUCCAGACCGGAUGCCAUCGACUCCGACGCUGGCGAAAAAGACUCCGACGAACAAAGUAGUAUCCAAGACGCCAGUAGUGAAGCAAGCUAUCAGCAAACCUAUUUCCAAACGCCCAUGGGUAUUCGACCAAUGGCACCUAGAAUUUCCGCUCUCUCAACACUGCCACGAGGAAUCAACAAGGACAUGUAUCAGCAUCAAGUCGACAUCCACCUUAGCCCGGGAUGCUUCCUGGAUCAAAACGGCUAUCCCAUCGAUCUGAAUCUGAUGGCACAGGGAGGUCCCACGGUGAACUACUAUCGAACCUUACCGCACAACCGAGGUCAGAAAGGGCAGCAGAACAAAAUUCGAUACUCGAACGAUGCCGAGUUCAUUACGCGAACGUCGCAAACCUAUCAGCUAUACGGAGCGCCUCCGGACUUACGAUACACGGCCGAAGGUUAUCCUCAGCAGGCCCAGGGUGGUGACGCGACCGGUACCAGUCAAUUCCCAUCGCCACCGGAAGGCUACAAAGGGGAGCCACUAGCCUACAUGAACCCACCGGCCGCCUUCUGUGUGGGUCCCUCAACGCCUCAGCAGUGGCCGACGUUCCUACCGGGUUACCAUCCCCAUCAGCUGAUAUCGAUCGCUGGCCAACCGCCGGGAACCGACUUGAACCGAUACUUACCUCCACCGGGAAUGUCCGCCGGUGCCACCGGAAGCAGCAGUAGUCCUUCGGCACCGAUGCCGGUGCUGAAAAAGUGCGUCGGUGCGCAAACCGGCGACAUGGACAAGGACACCAUUCCGGAGCAGCGGGAGGAAGAGGAGGAAGCCGAACACGAGAACGGCUCCAAGCUGAGGCAUCUUACGGGUCCGCUGGCGGACAGCCCGGACGAGGGCUACGUCGGCGAGGGUCACGAAUCGACGGACAUUUGACAGAAGAUGAAACCUCCGAUUCUGGACAAAUCCCACGUGCUACACGCUUCCAAUACGAUGCAGCUGGAAUCGGACGAUGUACCUUUAUAAUAAGGGGGUGAGUGUGAUUUGGGUGGUGUGCGAAGGUUCAUGUAUGAGUGCGUGUAUGUGAACGGGUGUGUUUGAGAGAGUAUUUUUGUAAGUGAGAUAUUUUUAACAGGAGAUGUAAAGCGAAGAGAGAGAAAAACGAAUGCUGACUGUGCUGAAGGGAUAGAUGGUUUUGUUGGUGGUAUGGUAGUAAAGAACAACGGUUAACAGGACCUGAAACUAUCAAUUUGUUUUUGGUCUGAUUAAUUGAUAUUUGAACUAAUUUUUCGCAAGGGGUUGGAAUUUAUCACGAGUUCGCAGAAUGGCCUAUACGCAGUUAAAGCAACAAAAGCUGAAGCGACGCAAUCAGCAUCGCUCCAAAUAUUGAUAUUUGUCCUCCCAAACGGUUCGGCACGAAAAAGUAUCUUGUACUGACUUUUCGAACUCUCUAAGCCAAUACCCUCUUCGAAUGAGUGUAAUCAGUUUCGUACCUUUUAAUUCCGCCCUAUUUUGCUUAUCCUUUGACAGAUACGCGUAUUUCGACUACCACUUGAUUACAGGAAGAUUACCAGCGGUAGUCGAAAUACGCGCAUCUGUCAAAGGAUAAGCAAAAUAAGGCGAAAUUAAAAGGUACCUACGAAACUGAUUACACUCAUUCAACGAAAAAUUAUUCAAAAGUGACGACUUUCUGCUACGUGUUGCAAAACUCGAUUUGUUUUUAUCCAAUUUGACCAGUUUCGUUCAAACGCUUUAACGCUUAUGUCCACAACAGGACACAUGUUUGAUGAACAAUGAACAUAUUGAAAUUGGAAUUGCGAUAAGAAACCCACGUGCUCCAGUGGGAAUCGAACUCACGACUGUCACUUUGCUAGCUUUGGACGCUUUUAUUCCUCCAAGCUACGCAGCCACUUGAUUACCUCCGUAGUUUCGUUCAAUGUAUUAUGGCUCAUGCUAUUUUUUUCCAGUUAGAUGCACAAAUAACUACUAUGAAACCACUUUCCAACAAAACCAUCUACCUUUCCGAUCAUGCUAAAUAUAAGCACUUUGUGAACAACGGUAAUAAAAUGGUUAAGAAUGUAAGUUAACCAGAAACAGAUGUCGAAAAAUAAUAAAACAAAAAGCAACCGAGCAGUGAAAGAAUAAAAAAACACAAACAAAAUCGAGAUUAAAACUAGUGAUGAUAAAUGAGAUGAUAGCGAACAAUUUAUUUAAUGAAAUUAUAGAAGAAAAACCCCGAAAACAAAAAUCAAGAAAAAAACGCGCAACAAUGUAA